CAACUUUUACUAUCCAAUAAUUCAUGAGCACAAACCUCACCGACCCGUUCACCCCCUGGAGGAGCAGGAGGACCGGGAGGAGCAGGAGGAGCAGGAGGAGCAGGAGGAGCAGGAGGAGCGCCGGAGACGUUUCUGAGUUUCCGCUCCAGAGACCGGGAGUCUGUUUGGAUCCAGUUCCUGAGAUUCUGUUUAGGACACAAAGAGAGAGAGACAGCGUCUUCUGUCCGCGACUCUGAGGUUUGGAUGUCAGCAUGGAAAACAUCGAUGAAUACAUCUGGCAGCGCCGCAUCCAUCACGGGGUUCGGUACCAGAAAAGCGAUGUCCCUUUCCCCAAGUCGGUCCAGAUCGGUUUAGAUUUCAACGCGGCGUUGGAGAGGACGGAAAAGUUAGAUCUGUCUCUGCUGACGAACGGUGUGAUGCUCGAGCUCUGUGACUUUGCCAAAGCGGUGACUCGGUCCGAGAAGUACUUCCUGUUCGAGAUGCUGGAGUUCAACUUCGACCUCUGUUGCGACCCGGAUGACGACCGGCAGUUCUACCGCUACACAACGCGCAUUUCCGCCAAAAUGAAGCAGCUGAGGGAACAAUUCAAGACCAAACCGAGUAAAUGGAAAGAAUCUUUUCCACUGCCGGACCUAAGCUUUAUAUUAAAGUUCCCUGGGCCAGAGGAGCCCGAACGCUACUACCCUAAACGCAACAAAUCUAUCGACAUCUCGGUCCUCACUAACAGCAACAAGAACAGGCAGUCUGCAGAACAUCAGAAGACGGAGAGUAACGGAUCUCUCUUCAUCAGAAAGGGACGAGGAGGAGGCCGCUACAGAACAAAGGGAACUUACCCAUUCUGCAGAGACCUCGGCGUGACUUUCUGUGUUCGGACAGACGGCCCGCCCAAAGAGAAACUAGACCGAAGUCUGGUGAGCAUCGGCGUCAUGAUGGAACUGCUCAGCUUUUCUAAAGUACUUAGUGGAUCCCAACCUGGGAUAGUUCACGACUUGAUCAAGCAGAACUUUGGUUACGAGUUGGAUAAAAGGAUGUUUCAAAUGCACAGGACCAAGCUGAUGGAGAGGAAGUACGCCUGCUUGAUUCACGGGGGCAGGGAAGAUUUCCAAAAGGAGGUUUUUAAUAUCACUGUAAAACGGCAAAAACAGAGGCGGAAAAAGCCAAAAGAGCCGGACGCCGAUAACCAAGAUCUGGCAAGUCUAAUAGUGGCCGGUAAGAGGAGGGCGACUCUGAGGCUCAGAAACGGUGAUGAAGACUUUUAUCAGGAUACUGACCUGUCCUACAUGUGUCCGGUUGAUUUUGAGACCGACAUGCAGUCCGGUUCGGAGACAAACUUUCAGUGUGAAAGUUUGUCCGAUGUGAAGCAGGAAGAGGAGAAAGUUUUAAUCUCCCAGCCUCAGAUGUUCAGCGUUCGUCCAAAGAAAACGACUCUGAAAGUCUCAGAUCUUUUUUCUGAAGAUAAAACCGAAGCCACGAAUGUAAAAACACACAAACAGAAGCUGUGGAUGCGACGGGCUCUUCGCUCAAAAGAAAUCCUGAAGUCCAGCAGGAUAAACGACAUGUUUGCCCACUGCAGAGAGAGGGGCCUUGACUUUAACGUGGGCUCAGGCAACAAACAGAACUUGGAUCCACAGAUUUUAACCAACCACGUGUGGUGGGAGGUUCAUAAAUUUGCAACUACGAUGACAAAGAGUUUACGCAGUUUCUUAUUGGAAAUUCUGCACAACAACUUCACCCUCGUCCUCCAAGACGAAAUUCAUCAGCAAAACUUCAUGACGUACAUCAUAAAAAAAGAAAAGAUCCUUCAGAACCACCCUGAUGCAAAGAAGAUGGAGUUUCUCCACAGUCCCUUUCAGUUCCCUGAAGUUUACAACAUGAUUGAUGUGACAACUGAUUUCGAAGCUGGACAGGAAGCUGAGGCGGAGCAGCAGACGGACUGGGAUCCACCUCCGAGUUCGGCUACGAGCCAGGUGGGAGAUGAAGAGCAACACCAAUUCUGUAAAAACAUCGGCCUCGACCUGUGGUCUGCUGAAGAACGAUUGGCGAGCCAGAAGCUGGAUUUGGCGGUCCUGACCACCGGCGCUGUGCUCGAAGUGUUCGGCUUCAUCAGAGUGCUGUGUGGGUCGGUCCGCGAGAUAGUCACUGACGUCUUGGAGCACAACUUUGAUCUUGAUCUGAGUGGAGAAACGAAGGCCUCACAGGUGGUCCAGAGGUGGUACUCCAGCAAGGAUUGCCUGAUGAAAAGGAUAACCACAUCCCCAAAGAUCACCAGAUGGUUAAACAUGGUGGUCCCACUGAGCGGCAUAAAACAGGGAAUGGAGACUUCCGAUGAAUAUGAGGAGAAAAAGAUCAACAGCUAUCACAUCUGUGAAAAAAUCGGAUUGGACCUCAACGUCCGCUCAAAACAGAAAGCCAAAACAAAACUGGACCUGCGGGUGCUGACGAGGGGAGUCCUCCUGGAGAUGCACCGGUACGUGGAGCGACACUGCAACCGAUACGUUCCGGCUCUGUACGAGAUUCUGGAGUACAACUUUGAUCUGAGCUCUCAGAACCAUCGGAAGGUGGAGUUCGCCUGGUCCACUGCGUCGCAGGUGCUCUCCAUAGCAGCAAAACAUGACAGGAAGGGAGGCUAUCUGAACAAAGUGGUCGAGUUGCCCAUUGAGGUCUCCAAGCCCUCGGAGGUCAUCUGCAAAGAGGAACCGGACGACGACUUUGGCGAUCUGGACCUUAACGACAACGACGUCCUGUUUGUCCGAGAGCUGAAGCCUGUUGACAUAGAAGUAGAGAUCGAAUAGAGUCCUGAUGUCAUCGUAGGAAGUCAGUGCCGCUGUAAAAUACCAGAAAUGAGUCACUAAGACCCAAAGUGACGUCUUGAAAUUGCUUGUUUUUGUCCAAAAAACAAGCAAUUUCAAUGUAGAUGUUGAUUUUACUGUCACACAGAGAUGUCACGAGCACCAGAGGUGUCAGGUUCUGGGUAGGGUACUGAGAAGGAAGUGGUUGAACUCUACUUAAUAUAAUAUCCCAACGGGUUUACUGUAAACCACCUGAAAUAGAGGCUCGUAUGUCCUCCACUACAAGAACCAAUACUAUUCUGAAAACGUGACAGAGCUUGUGUGGAACUGGGGAGAAACGGAGCUAAAUUUCUCUUCAAUCCCAACAAAUUUCAGCUUUCCUGUUGUUGUUUUUUCAGCCUAACAUUAUUGAACCAGAGCAGCUGUCCGGGUUAAUGUUCGAUCCCCGGUGCUGCCUGGAGUCUGUGCUGCUGAAUUCAAGCUGCUAACCUCUUAGCACUCCGACGGCCCACUGACUUUUUGACACCUUUUUUCUUUUAGAGGCUGUGCUUGGCUCAGUUUUAUGCUAUAACUUUAAAAACUGACAUAGCCAUUUCCAAAGGUGUCCCUUGACCUCGGACCUUAGAAUAUCUAACUAAAAAUGGGUUCUCUGGAUUCCCACAAAUCUCUUCUUUAUAGACCACUUUAUGCCAAUCCCAUACAUGUUUGGCCAAAAAACAAAUAGUUAUUCUUACUAAGCACAAAUAUGUCAUUUUCGCUUACUGUACUUCAAUAUUUCUGUAUUUUGGGGCCCCUAAACCGUUUUGGGUAUGACUGGAAAGCGGAGACUCUUGUGGAUUCAAUGAACCCAUUUUUUACUAAAGUAAGUAAACACUCAAAUGAAUCUUCAGGUUCCCAUCGUUCAGAUGAGGGACGACUUCUAUUGACCGCUGACCUGCUGUCUCCCCCUAAAAAUCCACUGUCUCCCCACCCCGAUUCUCUAUAAAAGGGGGCAGAAUGGUAAGGGGUUAAUAGGGGUAAAGGUUAAAAUGUCCCGUAGAGAGCCGGGGAGAAACCGAGCUAAGUUUCUCUUCAAUCCCGACAAGUUUCAACCCUCCUGCUUGUUUUUUCAGCCUAACAUUGUUGAAGCAGAGCAGCUGUCCGGGUUAAAAGUGAGAAAGACGUCAGGAUGUUCAUGGACGUCAUUAUUUAUGUGCGAUAUCUGUUUCCGUCGAACUCCAUUUUCCACUUUUUCAAGACUUUUUUGAAAUAAUUGUUUUUUAAUGCGCAAAUCGCAAAUGUGCAAAACAACGUGGAUGGAAACACACCUGAUAUCAUUCAGGUGUUUCAUUCUGUCUCUGGUGGUCAGGAAGAAAAAAAUAGGAUUUAUUGUUUUUAUUGUUUCUGUUUUUGAAUGAGGUAUCAAAUGGUUUCAGGAAUCGUUGUAUUUCUCUGGUAUUGGCUUAAAAAUGUCUACAUUUCUGGCAUUGUGACGUCCCAACUGUCACUUCAGACAAAGUAAAGCAGCAACUGUUGACAAACGUACAAACAAACAGAAACAAACCUCUGAAAUAACCGUUAGAGUGGAAUAAACCCUGAACAGAAGCUGCUGAGCCUCAUAAUCACCUGACGACUGAAUGUAAACACUAUUUUGACAUGUCAAUUCUUUACAUUAAAGGUAAAUAUUAUAGAAGUUUAUGAAGUAUCUGUUAAGAAGAUAAACCCAGCUGCUCUCUGAUCAGUAAAGAUGGAUCUUUGUUUUGAUGUUCAUGUGGAAAUUUUCCUGUAAAAUGUUUAUUUUUUCCUCUUGUUGGGAAUUAAACCCUCGAUAAUCUUCAUUUUGUCUGUUUCAGAUUGAUUUCUGCUCCAACGCAGCAUCUAAAUGUCUUCAAUCCAAUUUAAAUAUUGU